AUGAACCCAAAAGCCUCAGAUACCCAUUUCCCUAGUCCACCAAGAAAAUCAUUCCGUGGAAGAUCAUCCAGAAGAAAAACCAUUUGUAGUCCUCCUGCUGUUCUGUCCUCUUGUGCGUCCCAACCUGGGAAAAACUUGGUCCGGACUAAAUCCCGUCGAGCUCAAUCUUGGGACUAUAUUGUCUCCCCCUUUGACGUCCCUUCCUCAGAGUUUGACUGCCAUGAAACAUCGUAUGAAUGCGCUUCCAGUACAAUGGCUGCUUCUGAGUCAUUUGAUGGUCCAGCCACGUGUUCGAGCUUUUGCAAUUUUCAAGUCAGUUCAACUGCUGAUAUUGCCAUUGACAUGAAUAAGAAGUCUUUGAUCACAAGGAGCAAUAAAAUGGUAGACAAGUUUGAUACAAUGUCUGAGCUUGAGCUCCCUUCAAUAUUGACAAGGCCAUUAAAAUUUGAAGACAUGGCCACUGAAGCUGCCAAAUUUGGCAGGAUUUCUUCCAAGUUGGAGGAUAUGGAUGCUCAUGGGUCUAUCUCUCUAAAAUUUGUCAAGGAAGAAAGCAUCAAGAAUCGAAAAGAACCAAGGACCAGUUCUCUAGUCCGGAAGUGUGCAACAAACAACUCCACAGGUGUAAAGCUUCGAGGGAAUCCUCCGAAAAUAUCGAGCAGGAAGAUUCAGGCCUCUGGCCGAAGGAGUGUAUCGCCUGGCAGGAACUUGAAAUCCAAGGCGAGGAACCUUUCAAAGAGCUUUGCAAUUGUGAAGUCCUCAUUUGAUCCUCAAAGUGACUUCAGGGAUUCAAUGGUGGAGAUGAUUGUGGAGAACAAUAUCUGGGCAUCAAAGGAUUUGGAAGAGCUUCUAGUAUGUUACCUUUCGUUGAAUUCAGAUAAGUACCACGACCUUAUCAUCAGAGCAUUUGAGCAAAUCUGCUUUGAUAUGACUGAUCUCCACAUGUAA